AUGCAUUCAAAGUCAAAUAGCCUCCUUCUGAUCUCCUCAUUGCUCCUGGCCGCACUUCAUGUGAGUAAUACGGCCUUCGCAGACGCCAAAAUGGCAUCAGACUUCAUUGCGGAGCGAAUGCUGGAUGUCGCCGACUCAGAGGGUCUGGCAGACGCCGUAUUGCCGUUGGUGCGUUGUUAUGACCUACUGGAGGAGCUGCGCACUGAAUGCAAUCAGCGUUGUCGUGACAAUGCACCCAGUGUCAAUGCCUGCCUGCGGAACUGCUGGGGUGGGUGGAAGUAUGGCCGUCUGACUUGUCGACUGCGCUAUAGUUGA